AUGUGUCGACUGACGAAGGAAACAACUGAAUCAGAACGUGAAGAUGAAGAUAUUCAGCCUCAAAGACAAGCUAUUACAAAUAGUCAAGCACAAGCCAUUUAAAUUAACACGAAACCUGCUCCUCUUAGUUCCUACAAAUGUGCAGUGUAUCCAGAUUUGUAUGUCCAACCAUGGCAUCCAACAGGUCAAGCGUCACCACCUAUUCGAAGUUGUUUAGGAACUUCGGGCAACUUCGAAUUAGUUAAAAACAAAUAUGUACGAUUUACGAUUCAUAUGAGUGCUGCAGUAAUUGAUGAAUUAAAAAUUACUCUCUUUGACAAAACAUCAAAUACUGCAAUCUGCACUGUCUCAGCUAUAGGGCAAGAUGCUGGUUGGAUGGAUUGUGAGCAGAAUGUAAAAACAGCAACACAUGAAACACUAAUUGUUUAUUAUGCUAAAGCAAAUUUUACAACAAUUGUAACACGUGAUGUAAGUAUAUUUGUACUCUGA